AUGCCAGCAUUGAAGAUCCCGCUUUUCAAAAUGAAGGACUUGGUACUGAUCCUGUGCCUCCUGGAAAUGGGUUCUGCGGUGCCGGCGUUUCCUCGGCAGCCUGGGAUACCAGGCAUGGCUAGUUUGAGCCUUGAGACAAUGAGACAGUUGGGAAGUUUGCAGGGAUUAAACAUGCUCUCUCAGUAUUCAAGAUUCGGCUAUGGGAAAUCAUUUAAUUCUUUGUGGAUGAAUGGUCUCCUGCCGCCACCUUCCUCUUUCCCAUGGAUGAGACCAAGAGAACAUGAAACUCAACAGUAUGAAUAUUCUUUGCCUGUGCAUCCCCCACCUCUCCCAUCGCAGCCAUCCCUGCAGCCUCAACAGCCAGGACAGAAAGCUUUCCUCCAGCCCACCAUUGUAACCUCAGGGAUCCAGGACACCAUCCAGAAGGGAGGACAUCAGCCUCCGGUUUACCAGAGACAGCCGCCCUUGCAGCAGUCAGAGGGGCCAAUGGUUCAACAGCAGGUGGCACCAUCAGAUAAGCCACCAAAGGCCGAGCUAAGAGAAAUGGAUUUUCCUGGUCCACAGGAUCCACAAAUGUUCCCAAUAGCCCGUUUGAUAGCUCGGGGACCAAUGCCACCAAAUAAACAAGCUCCACUUUAUCCAGGAUUAUUUUACCUGACCUAUGGAGCAAAUCAAUUGAACACUCCUGGCAGACUUGGCAUCAUGAGCUCAGAGGAAAUGGCAGGAGGCAGAGGAGGCCCCAUGGCCUAUGGAGCCAUGUUCCCAGGAUUUGGAGGCAUGAGGUCCAGCCUUAGAGGGAUGCCCCCGAAUCCAGCCAUGGGCGGGGACUUUACUCUGGAAUUUGACUCUCCAGUCGCUGCAACCAAAGGCCCUGAGAAAGGAGAAGGAGGUCCACAAGGCUCCCCUGCGAAGGAGGCUGACGAGGCCAAUCCGGAAAACCAGGCUCUCCUUUCAGAGAUUGCAUCUGGUCCCCUCGGAGGGCUUCUUGCUCUUCCCAAAGGCAGUGUUCCCAACCUGGCAAGGGGCCCUGCCGGGCAGAGCAGGGGACCCCCCAGGGUCACCCCAGCAGCUGCUGACCCACUAAUGACACCUGGACUAGCUGAGGCUUACGAGACCUACGGUGCUGAUGUGACCACACCGCUGGAUUUCGAGGAAGAAACGACCACAGAUACCACAGUGACCCCAGAGAGUCCUCAGACAUCAAUGCCAGGAAACGAGGCAGAGCAGCCCCAGAUGGUGCAUGAUGCGUGGCGUUUCCAAGAGCCCUGAGAGCCUUGCAGUAUCAGCUACUUUCUGUGUGCACAAGCUCCCCAGCUUUGUCCCCAUAGUAUAUCUUUUUGCUAAAACACUGAUUACCCUUCUACAUCAAAGGCAUUAAAAAUGCUAAGCAUAUAUUAAUAAAUAUAAGUGGCUAGAAAUAGUGUAGGUCCCCUUCUUGCUUUCAUUCUCUUAUUAAAAUAAAAUGUGUCGACUAUCUCUGUGAUUUAGAAAUACUAUUAAUAACAUCAGAGCAAGUCUAAGGGUCUGUGCGUUUGACAGUCACUGUUUCUUGGCUGUCUUAGGCAUAAUAGAGUUUCUCCUACUAGCAUGACACUGUUAUAUCCAGGAAAUGUGACAUUGCUUUGGAACUUUUUCUCUAAGCAAAGGCACAUAUCUCAGAAUUAUAAACGAUUUCAUCCAAACGUUUUUAAACAGGGAUUGGUGGACAAUCCCUGACUGGUAUUACUGGGUUUGGUAUAUUGGAUUUAAAAUUCUCUAUUUGUAGAGUAUUUUAUUUAAUCUAGU